UGGUAGCUCCGGAGGUUGAUCAUGCUCGACUUGGAUUCGCCGACGAGCUUGUUCGGGCACCUCGUUGUUGCUUUCUUUACGUGUGAUCGAACAUGGCAGACUUCGAAAUUGCGCUGUCUGAAGGGCCCAAUGUCAAGGACUUGAAGAUAGUGUGGACUCCGGAGACAGGCCUUCCGAAGAUACAGUCCACUGGGUCUUCUUCCGGGGUGCUGGCCAAGUAUAAGCCCCAGGAUGUGUUACAGGAGAAAAACUUGGUGGAUGGACUGUAUGUCCCACCUUUGGAUCCAAAGAAGCAACGCAAAUUGGCCCGUAAGAAUGUCAAGGAGACUGCCGGAGCAAAGUGGUUUAACAUGCCAGCACCGACCAUUACGCCAGAAUUGAAGAAGGACCUGCAACUUCUUAAGCUCAGGGGUGUUGUUGACCCUAAGCGACAUUACAAAGCCAACGAUACUAAGGGUGUACCCAAAUUCUUCCAGGUUGGAAGGGUAGUGGAAGGCACUGCCGAGUUUUACUCAGGUAGAUUGACAAAGAAAGAGCGUAAACAGACAUUUGCAGAUGAGCUUUUAUCAAGUACACAGCUCAAGGCAUACAGGAAGCGCAAGUACCUGGAGAUUCAAGAUCAGAAACAACAAGGCGGCAAGAAGUUCUAUAAUCAGAAGAAAAAUCGACAAAAACCUUCAUUUGCAAAGGAUUGAGCUUUCUCACCCCAAGGAGACCUCAUGGAGAUUUAUUUUGUUAGCUAAUCCUGUUGUAGUCGUGUGCUUAUAGCAGUAUCUCCUUACUUUGACCACUCUCUUGAGUGAUUGUCAGGAAGAGCAGAGUUCCUCUACUUUUUGCAAGCAUAUUUCAUGUGGUAAUUUACUAGCUAGGACAAUCAGUGCCGGCUGGACAAAUCACAAUUUUUUUUAAAGAGGAGUCAUUCAGGGGACUAGUGUACGCUUGAGGCGUCCAAAUAAAAGCAACACCUACUACUUGAGUACCCACGAGAUAGUAAAUUUUGUCAUUCCUGUACUUUAGAAUUAUUAAACAGAUCACAAAAUGAUUUAAGUUA